GCCACAAUAACAAAGUGAUGGAAGCACCUCAGCGUCGGCACGACACCAAGCCCACUCGCGCCCGCCACCGCAACGAGUACCAGCGUCAUGCGCAGAAACGGUAUCGAAAGGUGCGAUCGGGAGAGCGGCAGCAACUUCGGCAGCUCGUGGUCGAGCUCGAGGCCGCCAAGGCCACCGCCGUCGCCGCCGCCUCUGGGCGAAAGAAUCGACCGCCAUGUUCAACAGGCAUGUUGUCGUGGGCAGACAUUGCGCUAGCUCUGCAAGACGCCGCGCAAGUGAGUCGGUCUGACGCAUGGGAGCUUCAGGUGCAAGUGGUGAACCAAGCUCGCCUUGGCCGGGCCAUGUGGACCUACGCGACCAAUCUCCUAGCAGCCCGGACUUGUCUGCGGCAAGGGAUCAUUGAAACGUGGCAGCACGUGUCGCUACCUCGCAGUCCGCCAGCCCGACGGGAGGGUUUGGACUGGAUCACCACGCAAUUGUACCACAACGCCGACGCCGUCGUGGCGGGCCUAGGGUUUCCAGCGACCGGUGAGCUCUUCUUUGACAUCCAAGUGGCGGAAGAACGAGAUGGCGGCCACACCGUGACCAUUCGCCAUCAGCGAGAGGUAGACGAGUCGUGGGAUAGCGUCACCGCGAGGUAUCACUCGUUUUUCAUUGCAUCCAAUGGCUUUGGCUACGAUGCCGUGGAAACCCUUCACGACGACAACGACGACGAAAACGAUAGUUCUGUUGUCCGCUCGGACAAGGUCGACAACACGUGGUGGACGGACCGACGACUGGUGUACCGCCGCCGCAACAUUGGCAACCAAGUCGUGGGGGACAUGAUGCAAAACUAUGUGCAUCGGCAAUUCAUCGAUGAACGUCGAUCGGUGCUCGUGGCCCGUAACAUCCUCUCAGACGACAAAUAUCAGCUGGGCUCGCUCAAGAGAGAUGCAUCGGGAUGGAUUGUGGCCACACGAUUAAGCCCAGAGAAGACGCUCGUGACAGAAUGCUGGACCGUGUAUGCCCUGAGAAGGGGCGACUCAAAUGCAUCGUGGGCGGACGAAGCUUCGUUUUACAAGGUUAAUUUGGCCGGGAACAUGGACUCGAGCAUCAACGAUGACGAUUCGCCCACGGAAGCUCAGAGGGCGUUGCUGCGAAACGCCGUGUACAGACAAGGACAAACGGUGCUUGCGAAGCGGAAUGCGUUCUUCCACGGCCGAUAACAGUGAUUGAUAUGAAGAGCCACGACGACGACUUUAUUAGAUUAAAAAAUAUGUAUACAUAACAGCUAAGUUUUAAGUUGCA